AUGACUUCGGAGAUGGGCCUCGUCCACUGCCUCCCGCUGCUCCUGCUGCUGCUCUCGGCCUCGGCCGUGGUCGCGGCCGCGGGCGGCGGGGAGAAGGACGUCUCGGCCUCGGACUACGAGGCGCGGUUCGAGGCGUGGUGCGCGGAGCACGGCAAGGCGUACGCGACGCCCGGGGAGCGCGCGGCGCGGCUCGCGGCCUUCGCGGAGAACGCGGCCUUCGUCGCGGCGCACAACGCCGGCGCCGCCGCCAAUAGCGGCGCGGGAGGAUCCCAGUCGUACACGCUCGCGCUCAACGCGUUCGCUGACCUCACGCACGACGAGUUCCGCGCCGCGCGCCUCGGGCGCCUCGCCGUCGGCCCGGUCCCCCUCGGGGAGCCGCGUUCGUCCGGGGGCUUCGAGGGCGGCGUGGGCGCCGUGCCCGACGCGCUCGACUGGAGGCAGAGCGGCGCCGUCACCAAGGUCAAGGACCAGGGCAGCUGCGGUGCUUGUUGGAGCUUCUCUGCUACAGGUGCCAUGGAAGGAAUAAACAAGAUCACGACGGGCUCUCUUCUCAGCCUUUCUGAACAGGAACUAAUCGAUUGUGACAGAUCCUACAAUGCUGGUUGUGGCGGUGGGCUCAUGACCUAUGCUUAUAAGUUUGUGAUUAAAAAUGGUGGGAUUGACACGGAGGAUGAUUACCCGUUUCGUGAAGCAGAUGGAACAUGCAACAAGAACAAGCUGAAAAAGCAUGUGGUAACAAUCGAUGGCUACAAGGAGGUGCCUCCUAGCAAGGAAGACUUGUUACUACAAGCUGUUGCCCAGCAACCCAUUAGCGUAGGAAUAUGUGGCAGCGCUAGAGCAUUUCAGCUAUACUCCCAGGGUAUCUUCGAUGGUCCAUGCCCAACAUCUCUUGAUCAUGCUGUCCUAAUUGUGGGAUAUGGUUCUGAAGGUGGCAAGGAUUAUUGGAUUGUGAAAAAUUCCUGGGGUGAAAGAUGGGGAAUGAAGGGCUAUAUGCAUAUGCACCGAAACACUGGCUCAUCGUCAGGUAUCUGUGGCAUAAACAUGAUGGCAUCUUUCCCCACAAAAACAAGCCCGAAUCCUCCUCCUUCACCUGGCCCUGGCCCAACCAAAUGCAGCGUUUUUACCUCCUGCCCUGAAGGAUCCACCUGCUGUUGCUCAUGGCGUGCCUUGGGAUUCUGCCUUUCCUGGAGCUGUUGCGAGCUGGAUAAUGCAGUUUGCUGCAGUGAUAACCGUUCUUGUUGCCCCCAUGACUAUCCUAUAUGUGAUACAGCUAGGGGACGUUGCUUGAAGGGCAAUGGCAACUUCUCCAGCAUAGAGGGAAUCAAGAGGAAGCAAGCUUUCUCCAAGGUUCCCUCUUGGAAUGGUUUGUUGGAACUGCUGGAUCAAUAG